CAAACAUCGACUGGAGUAUCUGCUGUGAUAUUCUUCACAUUAAGGCUCUUUGUGGGCAGUGGGCGUGGCCUUAGAGACAUUAUCAUGAGCGCAGACGUAUCGCAUGCGCUUAUUAAUAUUUCUCGUUGAGAAAAAUAUAAAAAAGCGGUAUUGUGUCCUUUGAUGUGUUGCGAAAAGUGAAAAAAAGUGGAUAAAUAGGUGACGGACAGGGAGCAGGUGGUGAACCACGUGAUGGGAUGCCACUGAACGAUGCUUUAAGGAAGACAAGGAAGUUCGUAUGUACGAGACGUUUGAUGGCUAGCCCUUAUUGAUGCCUCGACUCUGACCGAUCUAUGGACAAAGAGGAACGGGGGGGAUGGGGGGUCAAGUGGAGGCCAUUGUGCUUUCCCCCGCCCCCGGGGACGAGGAGGCCACGCAAGACGGGAGUUUUCAGGAGAGGCCAGACCAAGAACUUUGGCGUCAAGGUGACCAAGGGGUGAAGGAUUUACAGGAAGGGCAAGGCUCUCAUGUUUCUGGGAAGGACGAUGGAGGAAAGAAGGAAAAGAAGGACGCAGGAGGCGGCGACGGUGAGGGCAGUAAGGCUGCUGAAGAAAAAGCAAGAGAGGAUGGGGACAACAGUGCAGGACAGGCAGAACUCGUCGGAGGGAAGGUCACAGAGGGUACUGCCAAAGAUGAGAGUCACAAAAAACCUGCCUUGGAAGAUCGCUCCGGGAACAAGAAACGAAAAGGGAGUGGAGGCAGAGACGAGAAACCUCACUCUGUUGAGAUCAGGAUCCAUCCUCCCAACGCCAAGCGCAUUUCCACCUCUAAAAGGCAAGCCACAAAUAUAAAAAACACAAACACCGCCCAGAAGAAGGCGCCCAGCAGCAGAUUGAAACCGUCCAAAAUGCGAGACGGUGAAGAGAGAGGAUCCAAACUUCCAUCACCCGAGCGAGGGUCACGCGGUGCUUCUCCGGAACAAGGGCGCAACAAGUCUCCUGGUAGCGGGCGAGCCUCACCCCACGUGGUGCAGCAGGGCUCAGACGCGGAUGACAAGCCCAAGUCCAACAUCGGCAAGACCUCAGAUUCAGAAAAGGACGUCGAGGAAAACAAGAGCAAGACCAUCACUGGCGGUAGCGGCGCGGGCGAGAUCUCUAGAGAUGCACCACCCACUUCCCACCCUAGGAAGCCGCCCGUGGAGGACAGGGCACUGCAGGCCAUUCUUGCCGCCAGAAGGAGGAGCCUUGAGAACGCUGGCAAGGCUGAGCCGGUUAAAAGAAAAAAAGAAAGACGCUUAGUACAGCCUGAAGAAACUAACUUCUCAGCGCAUCUGACGGAGGCACAGCGAGCCAUCACGCUGGGCAAGGUGGAGACCGCUCUUUCCUGCGCCCAGAAGGCGGUGGAUAGCGGCGGUGACCCGGCUUCUCUGGUGGUGCGGGGCCGCUGCCAUCUGCUGCUAGGGCACCUGAAAGACGCCCUGGAGGACGCUCGGGCAGCACUCACGCAGGAUCCUUCACUGGUAAAGGCCGUGCUGGUUCAAGCGGAGGCUCUGUAUGGCAUGGGGGAGUUCGAGCGCUCCCUGGUGCUGUUUCACCGCGGGGCACGCAAGCGGCCCGACCUGACAGCCUUCACGCGCGGCAUCCACAAGGCAAGGGAAGCCGUGGUGAAUGCUAUUGGAGCUAUUGGCGGGCCUCGCGACGGAGGUGACAAUAAAGGUGAUAAGUUUCCCGAACCGGAGGAAGUACAGACGGCGACGACUCUGACAGACGGCACCACGGGAUCAGGACAGUCCCAGGCCACCAGUGUGACGGCCGCCUCCACGCCCCACGGCCCCAAGACAUCCAAAACAGCCUCCAAGAGGCUGCUCGGUGGACUGAGCCGCGACAAGGAGUUCUUAGCAUCUCUCGUGAAUCACCGGAGUCUGCAGAAGGAGCUCACGACGGUCAACACUAGCGUGGGUUCGGGGUCCCAGGUGGCCGCCGUGGCUAAAGAGGCCCUUACUUCACUGCAGCACCUGGAGUCCUUCAUGUGGCAGCGAGACCCGGGAGGUGCAGGGGCGGCAGCGGGGACGUCAGGGGGGGCGGCAACCAAGACGGUGCUUCAGGAAAGGGAGAAGAAAGCAAGAGCGAGACUGAAGGCAACUCUAAGACGUCGAGUGAAUGCAGUCCUUCAGAAACUCCAGCAGGAAGAAGACGUGGAGGGGCCCAUGAGGGAGGCUGAGGAGCUGCUGGCGGAGGUACGGGACGCGGGCAUCGGCGGGUGGCUGCUGUGUCGCCUCCUCGUGGGCGUGGGUGUGGCGCUACCUAAGUGUGGACGUAACGAGGACGCCGUGGCUGUGUUGACUGACGCCGUCCAUAUAGCAAGAGCCAAUGAGUAUGGCGAGGAGGAGCACGUGGCUGUGGAGGCGUUGGGCAAGUCCCUAGCAGAGCGAGGACAGCAUGCCGAGGCGGUGGCCGUGUGGGAGCGACGCAUCCCCGCCGCCACCAACAGCUGUCAAAGGGCGUCACUCUUCCUCCUCAUCGCUAAGUCCUACUUCGCCAUGCGCAAGGUGGAGACAGGGAGAUUCUACGGCACCAAGAGUGUGAAGGAGGCGGAUGAUGGACAUGACAACCGCACCGCCCUGUCUGCUCUACUGGCCCUGGUGGACGCUGAUGCUCGCCAGGACAACAUGGAGGCAGCUCUUAAGACACUGGAGAAGUGCGACGCCCACCUCUCAGACGCCCCGGCAGACCUACUGGAGGAGUACUCGACCAUCAAGGGCAAACUCUCACACUGUAAAGAAGAAACCUCCUCGUAGCAGACGGCGCUCGGAGGAUGGAGCAUAGAAGCGUGGGAGGCGCGUCGGAGAGACUGACUAGUAGUGCUGGCCGAGUGGUGGACGUGUAAAAAAACUACAAAAUUGAUUGUAGGAUGAAAAAAGAAAUGAAGAAUGAAAUGAAACAAAACAAAACAAAAAUGGAAUAUGUUGUUGCAAAGAUUAAGGGGUAGAAGUUAUUAUAUUGUUGAGGGUGUUGUGAGAGAAGGAUGACGACUAAAUGGUGUGGUGCGUGAUGAAUGGAUGGCUUUUUAAAAAGAGUGAGAGAUUAAAAAAAUGGAAAAAGAUAUGACGGUUAUAUAAACGUGAAAAUAAAUAAAUAGAAACGACUGAAUAAACAUGACAGGUGUGAGAGGCGUCACACACCCAUACGCACACACACACACACACACACACACACACACACACACACACACACACACACACACACACACACACACACACACACACACACACACA